CGCGCCUAUUUUUCGUUCCAAACCCUAAAAAAAAAUCCCAAAUCCAUCGACGAUCCCGUUGCGGAGUUCGCCUCUGAGAUUUAUUGCCGUUGUUUGAUGGUUGUCGAGAUCGAUACUAGAGCGUCUCUAGGGUUUCUCAACGAGUCUACCGAUGCAUUGACAGAGGGUCUUAUACUGCGGGUCCUUUGAAUCCCUUCACUCCAGUCUUUACUCCAGCAAGCCCUCCUUAAGUCGCUAGCAGUUCUAAAGAUAUCUGGGCAAUCAUGAUGCCCUUACUCUGACUUUGUCUCUGGUUGGUGAUGAUGUCUCCACUCUGACUGUGUCUCUUGCCCCCAGCGUGUUUGUAGUGCUUCAAGCAUGAGUCUAGCAGCGGAAUCUCCUCCACACACACCAAGCAGCAGCGAUGAUUUUGCAGCAUUCCUUGAUGCCGAGUUGGAAUCGGGUUCCGAAACUUCUCCUGACGAGGAUCAUGAGAAUGUCAAAGAAGAGGAUGAAUUUCUAGAGCGAAAUGCCAAAAGGCGCAAAGUGGAGGACUUGGAAAGCACAAAAGAGCUUGAGGGAUCAGUAGCAGUUGAGAUGAAUCAAGAGAAUAUAGGCACUUCAUCAGAACCUCUAUGUCCUCCACAUCCUGGCUUUAUUAAAGGCAUGUGCAUAAGAUGCGGUCAGCUUGAGGAUGAUGACUCUGGGAUUGCAUUUAGUUACAUUCACAAAGAUUUGAGGCUAGCCAGUAAGGAAAUCAAUAGGCUUUGUGGAGCAGACCUACAGAAUUUGAAGCGUGCAGAAAAGUUAAUACUGAUAUUAGACUUGGAUCACACUUUACUCAAUACAACUCGGCUAGAAGAUAUCUCUCCGGGAGAGGAGUAUCUGAAACAUCAGGUAGAUUCAAUGCAAGGUAAUCCAAAUAGAGACUUAUUCAAAUUGGAUCAUAUUCGAUUGAUGACAAAGUUGAGACCAUUUGUCAGAAGUUUUUUGAAGGAAGCAAGUAGUAUGUUUGAAAUGUAUGUCUACACUAUGGGUGAGCGUCAUUAUGCACUUGAAAUGGCCAAGAUCCUUGAUCCUGAUAAAGUCUACUUCGAUACAAGAGUCAUUUCACAAGCUGAUUCAACUAAAAGACAUCAGAAAGGCCUCGAUGUAGUGUUGGGAGCUGAAAAUCUCGUAGUGAUUCUAGAUGACACAGAGUUUGUGUGGCAGAGGCAUAGAGAGAACCUCAUUCUGAUGGAAAGAUACCAUUUUUUUACAUCUAGCUGCCGUCAAUAUGGGUUUAAUGCAAGAUCGUUAUCGGAAUCGAAGCAAGACGAAAGAGAGGCGGAUGGUGCGUUGUCGAUCAUUCUUAAUGUUCUCAAGCGUGCCCAUCAAAUGUUUUUUAACCUCAAAGCAGAUUUUGAAUCGAGAGACAUAAGGCAAGUGCUAAAAACCAUUCGACAUGAGAUACUGCAAGGAUGUAGGAUUGUUUUCAGUCGGGUGUUUCCAUCAGAGGCAGAUGCUGCAGAUCAACCAAUUUGGAAGUUGGCUCAACAAAUGGGGGCCGUUUGCUGUACAGAAGUUGAUUCAUCUGUGACUCAUGUUGUCUCCACCGAUAAGGGCACGAAAAAGGCUCGCUGGGCUUUGCAGAAUGAGAAGUUCUUAGUUAACCCUCACUGGAUAGAAGCAGCUAACUACUUGUGGAGUCGACAGCGAGAGGAAGAUUUUCAAGUCAACAGCUGUUUAAAGGACCCGCUAUCAGUAGCUAUUUGAUGUUUUCGUCUGUGAUGUUUUCUUCCUCCAAACUUGUGAGACGUUGAGGAACUGUACACUAUCUUGGGAGACCAAAACUCUCAAAAACGUUUUAAUUUUCAUGAUGAAGGAAUUAGUUAGAACUUUGAAAGUU